AAUUUUAUAGUUAGUUACGUGUCAAUGUCAAUUAUGUCAAAUUUAUUUCGCGUCUUUGUGUUUCUUUACUUUCUUUCUGCUGAAUCGUGUUACCUACGAUUUUGUACUGUAUUUGCACGAUUUUAUUUUAUUUUGUGUACCUAAUAAUCUAAAAUGGCGGCCACUACCAAGCCACGCUCAGAGAUGACUCUUGAAGAGUUAGCCAAGAUCGAAGAAGAAGAAUUUAGCACCGGUCCUUUGUCUGUUCUCACACAGUCCGUCAAAAAUAACACCCAAGUUUUGAUCAACUGCCGAAACAACAAGAAGUUGUUGGGCCGCGUCAAAGCAUUUGACCGGCAUUGCAAUAUGGUACUGGAAAAUGUCAAGGAAAUGUGGACUGAAGUGCCUAGAACAGGCAAAGGAAAGAAGGGCAAAGCAGUGAACAAGGACAAAUUCAUUUCAAAAAUGUUCCUUCGAGGUGAUUCCGUCAUCCUUGUCCUAAGGAACCCCUUGGCUACAGCUGCUGGAAAGUAAGAAUAUUGACCAAAAAAUCUAUCUUAAGUGAUUUGAACAUUUAUUGCAGUAAUUUUCUCAUUUUAAGUGACAAAUUGAUUUUGUUAAAUGAUUAUUCAUGGUAAUAGCAAGUUCUACUGUGUUUUGAUCUAAGCAAUGAAUUAAGGAUCUAGCUGUAAUUUGUACCUUUAAUACAUUGAAUAAUAUCAAACACC